AUGAAGCAUCUUCGAAAGGGUCUACCACUUUCAGCAAAGAGCCAAAUCAAGUCGCUUUUCCCGUUCAUCGAUGGGGAUGGAACAUUGCGUGUCGGGGGAAGGCUGCAAAACUCGGAGCUAGCAUUCAACUUGAAGCAUCCGGUUAUUCUUCCCAAGUCACAUCGUUACACACACUUGUUGAUAUCGAUGUUGCACCAACAAAAUCUGCACGCUGGUCCUACUUUGCUCAUCGCGACGCUGAACCAAUUCUACUGGGUGGUCGGCUGCCAAUCAGUGGUGCGGUCGGUGGUAAACAGCUGCGUACGCUGUGCACGCUGGAAGGCCAAAACAGCAAGUCAACUGAUGGGGAGUUUGCCUGCGGUGCGAACUACUAGCGGCCGUGCUUUCGAAAACGUCGGCGUCGAUUAUGCUGGACCUGUCAUAAUAAAGGCCAGCCUACUGCGAUCCAUUAAAACCGUGAAGAGCUACAUAGCAGUUUUUGUAUGCCUCGCAACAAAAGCUGUUCAUUUGGAGGCUGCCACAGAUUUAUCAGCGAACACGUUCAUCGCAGCUUUGAAACGUUUCUGUGCCCGACGUGGUUUGCCCAAUCAACUGUGGUCAGAUAAUGGCACGAAUUUUGUUGGCGCCGAUCGCCAACUCAAGGAACUUCUGGCUUCAGCAACGUUCAACUCCGAAGUGAAUCAGCAUCUGAACAAUUUGGGAAUACAGUGGAACUUUAUUACGCCGUCCGCCCCCCACAUGGGCGGUAUUUGGGAAGGAGCAGUAAAAAGCAUGAAGAAACACCUGCGCGUCGUGUUGGGAACCGCCGUGUUGAACUUCGAGGAACUGUCAACUCUAUUGACGCAGAUUGAAGCAUGCUUGAAUUCACGGCCGCUGUGUGCCCUUUCCAGCUCCGUGGAUUCGUGUGAAGCCUUAACACCAGGACACUUUAUCAUCGGACAGCCACUGAACCUGGUGCCAGAACCAGGUGUAUCCGAUGUACCAACGAAUCGCCUCGACAGAUAUCGUCAGCUACGGAAGAUGACCGAAGACUUUUGGGAACGCUUCAGGACCGAGUAUAUUGCAACGCUUCAACCCAGGACAAAAUGGCAGAAGAUCGGAGAUAACCUGAGGAUUGGAGAUCUUGUUCUGGUUAAGAAUGAUAAUACGCCACCGGCCCACUGGGAACUUGCUCGGGUGGUAGCUACUCAUCCGGAUCGGAGCGGAAUCGUUCGGAACGUUAGCCUGCAGCGAGGCGAAACCAUCUAUCAUAGACCCAUCCAUAAGCUGGUAGUUCUUCCUACUGAUUGA